AUGCACCACGCCGUCUUCCAUCUUGCUACCUCAGCGCAGGACCUGAGCGCCAACCUGUUUCAACAGCGUCUCAAAGUGUUUGUGUCCUUCUUCAGCACUCUCAAGGCACUCAAGUCGCUGCGAGUGCUGAUGCACUCAACGCCACGUGCUACUGCCAAUGCCAACAUCGGCAUGCCCAUCUCUUCCGCCAUGAAGGCGUCUAAUCAGGCCAAUAAUCACCGCCUGCCCCUCACAUCACCCCACCAUGCCUGUCCCCCGUGCCCGCCCGCAGGUCACUGCAAUACAUCUGCUUGCUGCUCGCACGCAAAGGCGGACGGGGGGAUGGAGAGACAUGGCAACGUUAACCAGAUGUGGCGGAAGAUGACGAGCGAUGGGUGGUGGUGGUGGGUCCAACGGGGCAACAUCUGUGGCUCCACGGGGGCUGCGGGCACGCUGUGCGGCGGCGGGUACUGCACGCCCAACGCCACCACGCCUGCCGUCGCCGGCACGCCCAACACGGAGGGGCAGGCGGUGGUGGCGCUGUUCUGCCAGGGCGGCCCCAUCGAGCCCUCCAUGCGCGGCGCCAUGCUCAACCUCAAGGCGUCGCUGGGCGUCACUCUCACGGACUGGGUGGGCACGGCGCCGUGCAAGAUUGCGGGGCAGAGCACGGUGGUGGGGGCGCGGUCCAACGUGGAGUGCAACGCCACCGGCAAGGUCACCAGCAUGUGA